AUGAGGAUGUUAACUCUCCUUCAGAUAAAGCAUUCCAGUAAAUCAUUUGCCCAUUUGACGGCUGCCAAGGAGACAACUAGACAGACAGCCGCCUCAAAACAUAGUGAAGUGAUGGUUGAUAAAGCACAUGCUCCACAAUUCUUAGGGAAGCAGAUUCUCAACGAAAAUAAUCAAGGUUUGGAUAUUUAUCAGCAAAUUAACAAUAACAUAGAUAUUCCGAAUAAUUAUCCUCCUGGAAGUGAUACUGGCGAUGCGGAUGACAACAUAGCUUUUAAUCCUACUAUACAGAGUCCUCAAGAAAUUAAAAACUCUAAUGCAUUUGAUGCUUCUAGGGAUAGCUCGGAAAAAUUUGUUAAUAAUUGCAGUGACAAGAUAGAAGCUGCUGACUGUAGUAUUUCCAAUCUCGUUUCUUAUUCUGACACUGAUGGUCAUAAAAAUGUACCCAAUUGUGCUAAGGUUCACACUGGAAGCCCCAAUGCUACUGAAACUCAUAAUGAUUGUUCAAAAUAUGCGGGAUCUAAUGCAACUCUAGAUGAGGCUUCAAGUUCUACUACUGAAGUUCUUAGUAAUUCUGGUGCUUGUAUUAUCAAUCAACUUAAUAAUGUAACUGAAGCCAAUGAAUUAAAAAGAUUGUCCGGAUCAAUACAUUUUAAGAAGCACAAUUUGGAAAAAAACCUAUUUGUAUGCCCUCAGCCAAAGCAUAUGAAGGCUCAUGGAAAAUUGACUUCAAAAGUUUCUAUUGAAAUAGAAAAUACCAGAGAGAUUGCACCACAAGCAGAGAUUGAGGACAAACAACUAGAUCCGAUUAUAAAAGAAGGAUUUUCUUCAAAUGGCUCAUCGGCUCAGAGCAUUGAAAAUUUGGAAGCUGAGUCAAAUUUUACUAAUAAGGUAUAA